AUAGUGCUACUGCUAGUUGCGUAUAAACGUUUGCGAUAUAAAAUUGGCACGCAAAACGGAGAGAACUACAAAUGGAAAGGCCAUUUCCAUUUUCCACAUCGAUCAAGAAAACUCCAUGGACCCCAAAUCUUCAGCUCUCAAUAUCCCGUCGACUUCGAUUCCCAAGAACCGGGACUUCUUCAUCCACCUCGAAGCCUACCUAGCCAAGCGAGACGGCGUCGACAAGCUGCUCAAAAUCUCCCGCUAUGCCGCCAAAUUCAUCCUCGCAUCUUCCGUCCUCCCUUCCAAUCUUCCCCUGACCGACCGCCUUAAAUCUUUCGAAUCCAGCGUCGGGGUCAGCCGCAAAGCCUUCCGCCUUGGGAAGUUCGUACAAGUCGUCAACGCCUUUCGUGGCCUGUCCCCCUUCACUUCCGUCGCGCAUUUGUUACUCGGCCUCGUCGUCUACGGCGGUGAGGGGGCAUACUAUUUCGUCGAACAGUUUGUUUGGCUGGGCAAAGCGGGGCUCAUCGACAAGAAACAUUUGAGUCAAUUGCAGAGAAUUAGCGCCUGGUGUGAGCUGAUCGGGUACAUAGGCAGUGUGAUCUUGAAGGUGAAGGAACUACAGAAGAUUGGCGAGGACGAGGCGGGUGUGGUUUCGAGUAUUGAGAUCGCGGCGGUGGGUGGUGUUGCGCGUCUAGAGGAUGGGGAGAAGCUAAGAAAAUUGAGAGAGAAGAAGCUGAUGAAGAGGCUUUCGAUUGUGCAAGAUUUCGCCGAUGCUUUAAUGGCUGUUGAUGAUAUUCAAGAUGGCAAGGGAUUGGUUUCUGGGAAGCUUCUAUUGUCCUCCGCCGGGCUUCUCUCGGCUCUCAUCAGUACUCACAAGAAUUGGGUGUCCUGCUAAUAAAUUCAUUCUACUUUUAGGUGUUGCUGAUUUGGUGUAGAGCAGUUGGCAAGCAAGUGAGGUCUGGUUUUUUUGUAGCAUGUAAGAAGACAGCA